UGUUUAAGUAUUAGCUAUUACAAGUUAUUGAAUGGCAUCGGCUUGUUAAGUACAUGUGCGAGUUACUUUGGAAGCUUUCCCCACCAUCGGUAAUCGAUCGGGGAGUGAAUAUUUUUUGUGCAUGACGCUUGCCUUCAAGGUUUCAUGUCAGGUCUCGAUGCUACAAAAUCUCCUGCCGAUCUCUCAAAAAAGAAGGAGUCGCUACAAAAGCUCACAGACCAAAGACGCGCUAAAGCCUGGGAGGUUCACCGAUGGCCUUUAGUAAAGAUGGUGGCAAGGAAACGGACAAGGAUCCAUUUACCUGCGUCUUACAUGGCUAAGGACGGAGAAACAACACGGAUCGUUUACCCAGGCUCGGACAUAAAUCAACUGGUGCAUAUCCAUUAUUUGAAGCAAUGGGAUGGCGGAGGGGUAGCCGCAAACUUUGUACAUGCGGACGGGAUCGAUUCUAAAAGAAACGAAUACCUAGGCCCAGAUCCACGAGUUGCUGGAUAUUGGUUUGAUGACGAUGAUGAGAUUCAUGUGAAAUGGUGGGACGGCUUUUUAAAAGAUCAAUGGAUGGAUAGCGAGAAAUGGAGCGUCGAGGUGGUUUGGGACGGUGAAAAAUGGACAGAAAAAUAAAAUAAAAGCAACUGUUAUGGCGUAUAUAAGAGGCCUUUUCUUUCCAACUCCGUCGACUAUGCUCAACUUGAAGUUCGGGGACUCCAUUAAGUAGAUGGACUGG